AUGGUGUCGCUCAAGAUGGGACCAGCCCUGUUGCUGCUAGCGCUUUGUGUUGCCGGUGUGUUGUGCGAUCAAGAGCGGAACGCCUAUGCCUCCCGGCAGAGGCGCGUGCAGGUGGACUCGAAUGAUGAUGACAAGGAUAGGAAAUUCAGCGGACGCAUCGUCGGUGGUACAGAGCUGGAAGAACCGUUGCCAUACCUGCUGUCCCUGCGCGACAGUGGCAACCACAUCUGCGGUGCAUCGAUCAUCUCUGCCAAACACGCACUGUCGGCCGCCCAUUGUCAAAACCCACCGUCCGAUGUCGAGAGACUGACACUUCUCGCUGGAACUGUCCAGCGGACCGAUGAUGCUAGCGGCAUUGUGUUCCAGGUCGAUAAGGUCGUCACCCAUCCUGAAUUCGUACAAAAAACUUACCUCAACGAUGUUGCCAUCCUACGCAUCGCCACCUCCUUCCUAGACCAUUCCGGUCUCGCAACUAUUCCUCUUGCUUCCGAACUGUACAAUCUGCGGGUGAACAGCGUGUCUACGGUGAACGGCUGGGGACUAACUGCUCAGGAUUCCACUUUGGCACCAACUCUCCGCACGGUUAACAUUCCGAUUACCAGCUAUUCCAAGUGUGUGGCCAAGUGGCGCCCCGUCCGGAUAGCUAAGACUGCUAUCUGUGCCGGUCAUCCGGGACGCGACUCGUGCAACGGAGACAGCGGUGGUCCACUGGUGCAGAACGGAACACAAAUUGGACUAGUGUCCUGGGGUGCCGAUCGGUGUGGCAGCGAUUAUCCUGGAAUUUACACCUACAUUGGCAACAAGGAUAUCCGCAAGUUCAUCACAGAGAAUAGCGGUGUUUAA